UUCUUGACGUUUUAACCGGUGGAUUCUGGGAAGGACGGUACCGAACUUCGGCAAGAAAUAAGGAGUUUAAGACACCGGCAGUGCGAGACAGGCAUCCGACCGGGAGGGCGGUAGAGGUGGUAAAAUGAUGCGCUUCCUGCUGCUGUUUAGCCGUCAGGGAAAGCUGCGCCUGCAGAAGUGGUUCACUCCCUUGCCAGAGCGAGAGCGGCGCAAGAUCGUGCGCGACAUGACCAUGAUGGUGUUGGCGAGGAGCCCCCGCUGCUGCAGCGUUAUCCACUGGAGGGACCUGAAGGUUGUUUAUAAGAGGUACGCCAGCCUCUAUUUCUGCAGCGCUCUGGAGGACCCUGAUAACGAGCUGCUGGCCUUGGAGGUGCUGCACCGAUAUGUGGAGCUCCUGGACAAAUACUUUGGCAACGUGUGUGAGCUAGACAUCAUCUUUAACUUUGAGAAAGCCUACUUCAUCCUGGAUGAGUUCCUCUUGGGGGGCGAGGUGCAGGAGACGUCCAAGCUGCUGGUGGUGAAGUCCACACAGGAGUCGGACCUGCUGCAGGAGACGAUGGAGGAAUAUAUGCGCAAACCUGCCUUUUAAACCAUGACUGCACGUACACUGCUGAAGCACCCUGGGAGUCUGCAAGAGAUUGCUAGUAUUCCUGUCUUAAAGGCGGACCAUGGUGGAUAGAGCAGGGCACAGGGCAGCAUCCAGCCCGAGAGGGACAAGGAAACAGGAAACCUGUGCUCUGGGAGAUGGCAAACCUGUGCUCUCGUGGCCUUAUUUUAUCUCAAGCCUUUUUGUGAUGUUUCAUUUGGCAAAAGUAUGUGUUGGGGUUUAAGGGAGGAUGUAUUUGAUGUAAAACAUAUAUGUAGUUGCUUUUCUGAUAGAUUUUUUUAAUGUUGAUUUUUGGUGAAAAUGGGAAAAUUGUGAGAUGUAAUUGAGAAGAUAUCAUUUGUUUAACAUCAUGUCCACCAAACGGCCUGCAUUGUCAGUGUCAGUAGCUUUCACUUCACUGUUAAUGGCUGCUUUUGUUGUAAUGGGUUCGAACACUGAUGGAGUCUUUGGCAUGGCUGUAGUAAUAAUUUCAAAUGUAAGUGGGAUUAAUUAUUUUUUGCACCCAUAAGUCUUUGCACUGUUUCACUCCCUCUUUCAUAUAUUUAUAUAUUUUUUAAAUCACCCACACCUGGGGGGGCACAGUGUUUAGCACAAUGGCCUGAUACCUCAGGGAUUCGUGUCUCUGUCAUGGCUGAACAGGACAAGUGGUUUCAGAAAAUCGGUGGAAGGGACCACAUGCAGGUUCUGAAGGCGCAUGAGGGGUGUUACCUGGAGGUGCUUUCAGAGAUUUGCAGGACCCCAGUACCUUUAAGCAUGGGGGAGGGGGGGUCAAUGUCAACUUUUAAAUGAUGCCAUGACACUUUAUUGCCUCAUGUUUUCUGAAUAAAGGAGCAUUUCCUGUG